GACUCCUCUGUGCUAGUUCCAGUGUCCUUGGCACCUGCAGAGACUAUUGGAGCACCGGCACCGGCACCGUGCAGAGCUGUCGAGAAUACGCAGGAGUCGAGUCCAGCAUCCAAUGAUCUUAGCAACUCGUCUCUGCCCGAAAACAUGAUGGGCCAGACUUCUUCCUCAGUAACUGACCUGAAAGGCGAAUCCAGCGGUCACAUUGUAGGCACAGAUCUACCUACUCAAGGCUUCUCUACUCCGAAUGAUUGUGUUGAGCACGAUAAAGUGCCUGUAUCAGCAGAUUGUAUGCAGGCAGGAUUUGGAGUGCAGAGGAGACUAUCAUGCGCAGGAGGCAGGGAAUGAGGUUACACUCAAAUCGGAAUCUUAUUCCAGUGCCACGGUAUCGAAGGCCAGUGGCCAAUCAGAUCUCGAUACUGACAGCGAUAUCUCAUCCCUGCCAUCUACUUGCACUGGACGCCAGCUGUCUCUUUCUGAACCGGGCGUUCCACAGGAUGCGGGAAUCAAUCACAUCCAGUCUGCAUGCGAGCACCAAUCCUCAGAUAUCAAUGUAGCUUCAACGACUCUUGUGCAGACCUCAAGUCAUUGCUCGAUUGAGAAUAGAGUUCAGAGUUCUCUAGUUACUGUACAAGGAGGACCCUGUGGCCAAGAUGUGGCGACAGAUCAUCCUUGUCAACGCUUCUCUGCUCCGAAACUUGACAACAACGAACAGGCAGAAUGUACGCACCAGACUGUGGAGAACGGAGGCGGCCGUCAUGACAUGGAGACGGAAAGCGAGUUUCAGCUCAACUCGACAACACAUUCUCAUUCUGUCGAGAUUGUCGAACGAUCCACGUCGGAGACUGUGGUACUGAAAGUUGAUAGGAAAAUGGAUGAGGACAUCGAUGUCCCUGCGUUACCUUCGUCCCCAAUGACUACGCUGCCUCCUUCGUAAGUGAUACACCAUUUGAACGCCUGAUACUGAGAUG